CCAGCCCCUUCCCUCCCUCCCUUGUUGGCGGCGCGCACGCUACAGGGGUCUCUAUCAAUUCCACCGCCGCAUCACCCACAUUCCCUUCCUCGUCCGCUUGCCCCACACGUGCGAGAGAGAUUUAUUUCGCCUCGGAGGCAGCCCAGCCCCUACCAGAUACUACUACUCUCCCGCACGGACGUACCCGCCGGCCACGCCACCCCGCAAAGCAGCCGCCGCGCGCAGUCCUCGCCGGCGACAGCCGCACCGUCGUCGAGCCCGUCUCCAGGGUCUCAGCGAGAUGAGGGCGUCCUCUUCGUCCGCUACGCCGGCGGCUCGUGCGACCGCAGCAUGGGCCGUCGUACUGCUCGCCGCGCUCUGCUCCGUCUCCCUCGCGUCCGCGUCCGUCGACUCCGUCUCCCUCGCGCCCGCCUCCGUCUCUCUCGCGCCCGCCUCCGUCGACGCAGGAUUCUCGCCGACGCCCGCCGCUCCCGCCCCUACCCCCGGCUCCUCGGCGGCUCCUCCGCGCCCGCCAUAUCGCGCCGUCCUUCCCCGCAAGGUCCUCCGCCCGGCAGGCACGGACGUGGACCUCGGCGCAGUCCGGCCGCACCGCGUGGACGAGGGUUGCGCCGGCAAGGAGGACAUCGCCAUCUACCAGGGCCGGGGGACGACGCUGCCGAGCGGGGUGCCGGCGUACACGGUGGAUGUGAUGAACCGGUGCUCAGGCGGCGACGGCGACUGCGCGAUCGCUGGCAUCCAUGUGCGGUGCGGCUGGUUCAGCUCCGUCAGCCUGGUGGACCCGCGCAAGUUCCGGCGGCUCGCGCGCGACGACUGCCUCCUCAACGACGGCCAGCCACUCCUCGCCGGCGAGACCAUCUCGUUCGAGUACUCCAACUCGUUCCCCUACCAGCUCUCCGUCGCCGUCGCCACCUGCGUCGACCCGGCCGCGGCCACCUCCCCCUAGCACUACCUACCCUCUACACACCGUACGGCGCUAGAGGUAGCACGUACGUGCGUGCGUAGCCUAAAUACGUAUAAACUCAGAUAUGUUAUUACGUACUCGUCCUAGCUAGACAGUGGUAGGGCAAUACGGCGAUCGGUAUAGGUGUAAGUAACUGGCUGGCUUUUCUCUUCCCUAGCUGCUAGGCAAAUUUUGGUACGCGAAAAAGACCAACCGUGACACCUCGACGUGUCCGGAGCUGUCUUUUUGGGCAAGGAUGGGGAAAAUUCUACCGUGUUUUUGGCAAGUCAAGUAAAUGCGACAAGUCCUUUUCGUGUGCA